UGCGCUUCGCACUUGUUCUUUACAACCCUCUCUCAUUCCUCAGCGGCGUCGCCGUCACCGUCGGCGGUUUUUUUUUCCUACCCUCCGUCGGAUAUCCGACUUAUCCUUUAAAAAAAAAAAAAAAAUUCAUCCUUCCCUCUCCUCUCUCUCUCUCUCUCUAUUUUAAAAAGCUAAAAGAAAAAAGGAAAAAGAAAGUCUUUGGGUUUAAAAAUAUCAUUUUGUUCGAUUUUCGUUUGAUAUAUUGAAGGGGAAAAAUAUAAAACAACGAAAAUUUCGGAAGCUUUUUCCAAAUUUAGGCUGGCUUAAUUUUUGGGGCUACUGUCUAGGGUUUGUUUCUCGAAUAACAAGAGGAGAGGGAAGUGAGAAAAAAAAUCACAAAAAAAACUUGAAAAAUUUCCUAAAAAUCCUAAAUUUUUUGUGCUCCAUUUAGCUACGGUUUUCGAGUUGAGAUGGCUCAGGUUCAGGUGCCGCAGACGGUGAUGAAUGUGAAUGCUGCUGCUGCUGCUGGCGGCGGCGGCGGCGGCGCGAAUCCUCAGUUCGUGCCGACGUCGCUUUACGUCGGUGACUUGGAUUUUAACGUGACCGAUUCGCAGCUUUACGAUCUGUUCAACCAGGUCGGACAGGUGGUUUCGGUCAGAGUUUGCCGGGAUUUGACGACUCGCCGGUCACUUGGAUAUGGUUAUGUCAAUUAUGGCAAUCCACAAGAUGCUGCACGGGCUCUAGAGAUCCUAAAUUUUACUCCUCUCAAUGGGAAGCCCAUUAGAGUAAUGUAUUCUCAUAGAGACCCCAGCAUACGUAAAAGUGGUGCUGGAAAUAUAUUUAUUAAGAAUUUGGACAAAGCAAUUGACCAUAAGGCUUUGCAUGAAACAUUUUCUACAUUUGGGAACAUUCUCUCUUGCAAGGUGGCAACUGAUGGUUCUGGUCAGUCAAAGGGCUACGGGUUUGUGCAGUAUGACAGUGAUGAAGCUGCUCAAAAAGCUAUUGAGAAACUUAAUGGGAUGCUGCUGAAUGAUAAGCAAGUAUAUGUUGGACCUUUCCUUCGGAAACAAGAAAGAGAAAUGGCAGUAGACAAGACAAAAUUCACUAAUGUUUUUGUCAAGAAUCUCUCAGAUUCUACCACUGAUGAAGACCUAAAGAAAGUCUUUGGUGAUUUUGGAACAAUAACUAGCGUUGCGGUAAUGAGGGACGAAGAUGGAAAGUCAAAGUGCUUUGGAUUUGUGAACUUUGAGAACCCUGAAGAUGCUGCAAAAUCUGUUGAAGCUCUUAAUGGAUAUAAGUUUGACAACAAAGAGUGGUUUGUUGGGAAAGCCCAAAAGAAAUCUGACAGAGAACAAGAAUUAAAACAACGCUUCGAGCAGAGUGUUAAAGAGGCUGCGGACAAAUCACAAGGGUUGAACCUCUAUAUAAAGAACUUAGAUGAUAGCAUUAAUGAUGACAAGCUCAGGGAACUGUUCUCUCCCUUUGGGACAAUAACUUCAUGCAAGGUUAUGCGAGACCCAAAUGGCAUCAGCAGAGGAUCUGGUUUUGUUGCAUUCUCAACUCCUGAAGAAGCUUCAAGAGCUCUUUCUGAAAUGAAUGGAAAGAUGGUUGUCAGCAAACCGCUUUAUGUUGCUCUUGCACAGAGAAAGGAAGAGAGAAGAGCGAGGUUACAGGCUCAAUUUUCUCAGUUGCGUCCGAUUGCGAUGGGACCUUCUGUUGCUCCUAGAAUGCCAAUGUACCCCCCUGGCGGUCCUGGUCUGGGGCAACAAAUAUUUUAUGGACAGCCACCACCUGCUAUCAUGCCUCCCCAACCUGGUUUUGGUUAUCAACAGCAGCUUGUUCCUGGAAUGAGGCCUGGUGCAGGUCCGAUGCCAAACUUUUUUGUGCCAUUAGUUCAGCAAGGGCAGCAAGGACAGCGUCCUGGUGGCAGGCGGGGUGCAGCUGUUCCAGUCCAGCAGGGUCAACAACCAGUUCCACUGAUGCAACAGCAGAUGGUUCCAAGGGGGCGUGCAUAUCGUUACCCUCCAGGCCGUGCCCUGCCUGAUGUCUCCAUGCCAGGUGUUGGUGGAGGCAUGCUUUCUGUCCCAUAUGAUAUGGGUGGCAUGCCAUUGCGUGAUGUUGUUUCUCAGCCAGUUCCAAUUGGGGCUUUGGCAUCUGCCCUUGCAAAUGCUUCUCCUGCUGAUCAGAGGACGAUGUUGGGCGAGAAUCUAUACCCACUUGUCGAACAGUUGGAGCCUGAAACAGCAGCUAAGGUUACUGGUAUGCUUUUGGAGAUGGACCAGACGGAGGUUCUACACCUGCUUGAGUCACCAGAAGCUCUGAAGUCCAAGGUUGCGGAGGCCAUGGAAGUCUUAAGGAAUGUUUCUCAGCAGCAGCAGGCAGGCAAUCCGGCUGAUCAAUUGGCAUCAUUGUCCUUGAAUGAUGGUCUUGUUACCUGAGUGAACUGAUUGGGGAGUUAAAACCUGUUGUGCUUUGGUUUUUGAAACAUGAAAUUUGGAGCUUGAGUCAUUUCUUUUUAGUUUGGAAUCUACCACUCUGUUAUGUUGACCUAAACCCUAUUGGUUUUCGAGAUUGUUUUCUUACCGCGCGUUCACAUCAGUAGAUGAGAAAGCUGCAUUGUUUUAGGUUACUGGGAACUGAGACUUUACCACAGAUCCUAGCUACCUCAGGUACUAUGAAGUAACCAAAGCUGAAGCUAAUGUGCUAGUAUGGUAUUAAUCUUUUAACAAGUUAGAUAUCGGCUACGUUGUCAGCA